GUAUGGGGCUUCCCGCACGAAACACAUGGCUUUCUCUUCCGGUCUGCAUUCAACAUGACCAAAAAAAGGCGUAAUAACGGACGCAGCAAGAAAGGCAGGGGCCACACCAACCCUGUUCGCUGCACCAACUGUGCCCGCUGUGUGCCCAAAGACAAGGCCAUCAAGAAGUUUGUGAUUAGAAACAUAGUGGAGGCAGCAGCUGUCCGUGAUAUUACUGAUGCCAGUGUAUAUGAAGUGUAUCCCCUGCCUAAGCUGUACGCCAAGCUUCACUACUGUGUUAGCUGUGCUAUUCACUCUAAGGUAGUGAGGAACAGAUCCAGGGAGGCUAGGAAAGACAGAACACCACCACCAAGGUUCAGGCCUGGCAUGAGAGUUUGAUCAGCGAGAAGUCCUGGCUUUUUACAAACAGUUAAGAACCAUCAUGGAACCAGCUGGUGAAAAACAGAGAUAAAUGUGAAUAUUUUUACAGACUGUUUGACAUUUUAGUUCUGAAAGGAUAAAAAGGAGUGUAUUUCAGUGAAGAAAUAAAAAAAGAUACAAAUAUUA